AUGCAGCUCCACGCAUCUUUUAUGAGCUCAUAUUAUCCCAUGAGCUUGGACAUGAGGGCUAUCAAGGAAGUCGAUUUCUUCUUCCAGCUUAUGUCGAGUUUCAUUGAUCUCCCAGCAAAGCCGGUCAUUCUAGAAACUGCAAUUUCGGCUCUCUCUUGUCUCUACUUUGGCGCAGCCAAUCAUGACCAGUGUCUUCUUCGCCAAGGUACACAGCUUUAUAAUGAUACGAUCCGCCUCGUGGCGAGUCGAAUAGGCAGGUGGCCUGUUACAGAUGACAUUGUAUACACCAGCGUUAUAUUCAAAGCCAUCGAGACAUUCAAUUGUCCGGGCGGGACCAAGUCCAUGGGGGCUCACAUGGAUGGCCAUAAUUCGUUCCUGAGACGUCUCAACCAUCCAACCUGUGAUCCUCGCAUGAAGCAUGUUUUCAAACUCCAGAAGCAAGGACUGAUGUAUGCACCGAUGUUAUUCAAAAGUUCCGGUAGUGACUUUGAUUAUCUGAGGCAAUACAAGGACGACGUACCUUUCGACGAACUUUUCGAAAUCUAUGUUGAAAUUACAUCCCUCGCUGCUGCUGCAAAGUCCAUCGAACUAUGUCGCAAUCCAAAAUUUGACUGCGAAACUCUGCUCUGGUCAUGCCGAGCACACCGGAAAAGGGCACUUGGUUGGUACUCUCGUAAUCUAGAGAGUAUUGGUGGCCGACCAACCCUGUGCUCCAUCAACAAGCUGAAACGCAUCAAGGUCCCACUCCCGCCGGCCAAGAAUCUGUUUGGUUCGUUUUAUAGAUUUUGCUCACUCCGACAGGCAGAGUUGCAUGUGUUCUUCUGGAAAGCGAUGAUAAUCAUGCAGCUGUUGAUCUACCGAGCCCAGGUCUUGGUUCUGUACCGUGCCAGGUCAAAUACUCAAUGCACCUCCACCGAGGGCAUUCCAAUAGAUCCCAGAAGCUACAGUGAAUGUUUGCUUGCCGGCGACUACGCAGAUGAGAUAUGUCGAGCUAUCCCACACUUUUUACAGGAAGGCAUGGGGUCAUAUGGCAUGUUGAAGAUCACAGUCAAUCUUCCUUAUAUUCUCAAGUCAUAUACGCACCUGAGAUGCAAGGAGAAGUUUCUCUGGGUUCAAAAGAUCUGUCAGUCAGUCGCCAGUGACGGCAAUGACUUGGCUUUGUGUCACAGCCAGGUUUGGUGGAAAUACUGGUUCUUAUGUGAGGAACCAACAACAAACUGGAUCCGCAGCUUGGCGUUCAAUGAAGAUUAUAGGGAAAGGUGCCACGUUUUUAUUGAAGGUGACUUGGUGACUGUGAUCAAGAUGACCAAGGAUGGAGAAACUUGCGCGGAAUCAGAACUUCCAAACGUGACAAAAGUGAGAGAGGCAAUGAAUGCUCCGGACACAAGAGCGCUGCCUGAGCCACAGCGUAUUCUCUGA